AUGAACUUUCAAACAAGAGCAUCACCAAAGGCUACAGAAGAAAAAUCUACUUUUCAAAAGAUUAGAGAAACUCCUGCUUUCGCUGUAGGUACACAAGUUACUUUAUUUGGUUUAGGUGUCUUGUUCAUUCAAUCACCAUUGAUGGAGAUGUUGGUGCCACAAUUAUAA